AAUUAGUAUAACUAUAAAUACAUGUCCAUGCGUAGAACUAAGAUAUAAGAAAAUGAAGGGAAACUUGUGGUUGAUUGCUUUGUUUUUGGUUCUCUUCUUGGCAAUUUUCUCGUGUGCAGCUUCAACUCCACCAUAUGAAAUCCGCAAGCUUUUGAAUAUAAAAACACCACCUAGUGGUUCAAGGCCCGCACCCCAAUUUCAUUAGCUAGCGUGAAAGAAGAACACUAGAAUUGCCGUCAAUGGGUCAUGGUGGUUAGAUGAACUGAUUUUGAAAGAUAUAAACAGGGUGCACAGUUAAAUAUUUUGUAUUUUAUAGUUUUACAUUUGUUAAUAAAAUUAGAUUCAUAUAUUUAUGGAAUUAUAACUUUUGAAAUAAUAUUACAUAUUUGCUUUGUGAUGAUAAUAUAUAU